AUUCCUUUUUUUUCUUUUUUUUGUUCUUUUUUUCUUUUCUCUUUUUUUCUUCUCUCAUCCACUCUUUUUUUUUCUUGUGCUGCUGCUAUCUAAUUUCCCUUCUUUUGUUUCUAUUAAAGAAAGAGAAAGAAAAGCAAAAGCCAAGACUAUCUUUUAUUUUAUUUUCUUUUCACUAUGACUGAUCUUGUAUAUCAAAACCAACAACAUAUAUCUACUACAUCGUUUCCUGACGAUGCUAUUAAACAAACGACAACAACAACAACAACAAAACCUACUGAUUAUGCCAAUAACAAUAACAAUGAUACUGAUGCUGCUGUUAGUCAAUUAUUAGCAAAAUUAGAUGAAGGAACACAAACAAUAGCCAAUUUACGCUCAAUAUUGACCUUAAAGACUGCUGAACUGAAUGAACUUAUGGCACAACUUGAAAUGACAAAUCAAGCUAUUACCAAUGUUGAAUCCACUACAGGUCAUAUUGAAACCAUGUUAAAAGACUUGGGUUUAUCCAAUGAUGGUCAUUCUACUCGUGAACUAUUGAUAUCUGCUGAAGCAUCUUUGGAUUCUGCUAUCAAAUCUGCCAUUCAUAUUUAUUCUGCUCAAGAUCACAAUAAUAAUAAUAAUACACAACAAGUUCGACGUCGACCUUCAUCUAUUGGAAGUGGGAAAAGUGAUCCACAUCAUCAAUAUGAAAAACAACAGUCUUCCAAUGCUCGAUUUGUAUCGCGUAUUAGGUAUAAACCUGAUACUAAACAUAUUUUACGUCAAUUGAGUGAUCGUCUUCGGGAAUUGGAAUUGGAUGCCGGGAAAUUCUUUGAAACUAUUGGCACAACAAAUGAUGUGCAAGCUCUUCAAAAAGCCUAUGUGGAUUUGGAUUUGGCAAAAACAAUCGCAUUGUCUGCAAAAAGUAAUCUGAAACGUCGAAAGAUUUUGCUGACUAGUUCAAGAAGACCCAAUGUCAUGGAUCAAGUGAAACUGCUUGGUGAAAAGAUCCGGGAAGGUGUGGAUAUGUGGAAACUUUAUACUAGAAAUGCCCCAAUGAUGGUAAAUGGUGAAGAUAUUCUGGUGAUUUUGGGACUACAGGAUGAUUUACUGGAUAAUAAUCAUUCAAAUCUAUCAUCACGUAUGUCUAUGGAUAUCAAGAGUCGUGGCAAUUCUCCCACAAACUCAUCAUCAUCUACAACAACAUCUUCUAUUCCAAAUCGAUCUACUUGGCGACAAAGUACUUCAUCAUCCUCUCGACCUGAUAGUAUUCCUGCAACAACAACAGGUCGAAAUCGUUCAUCCUCUAUUUCCUCAGUAUCAUCUAUCCCUGUGCUUGCAACUGCAGUUACAAACCAUCAUCAUCAUGUACCUUCUUCAACUAUGAAUACCAAGAGAUCUAUGUAUCGUCAUUCCAGUGCAGCAGUAGGAACAACAUCCAAUGCCAACAACAGCAGCAAUACGCCAUCCACUAUAAGAUCUCCCAUCAAAGCGAAUAUUGGCGUUAAUCGCGUUCGUACUUCCUCUUUGACCAACAAAAACAAAGCUAGCUUUACCAAAACUGUAUCUCCGAACAAUAUGGUAUCAUCUUCUUCUUUGAUUUCUUCAACAUCAACAGCACCUAUGAAUGAUGCUACAAUAUCUAUUGCACCUAUGAAUAAUAAUAGUGGAACACCCAAAUCAAUGUUGAAACCACCAACUGAACGUGGUCCAGGAUCAACUCUACGUAUUCGAAGUAUGCUUGCCAAACGAAAUCAUCAACAACCGACAACAUCUAAACUUUACCAUGACGGUGACUGAUUUCCUCUAUUUUAUAUUCCAUUUUAUAUCUUUCCCUUUAUAUACUUAUAUUUAUGCCCUAUCCUUCUUUAUAUAUCUUUUUUUUUUCUUAUUUGAUUAGUUUAUCAUUAUGUUCCCUUCUUUUUUAUUUUCAUUAUUGUUACUUCAUAUUAUCACCUCUCAUCUAUCCCCCGUCCCUUUGUGGAAUUUCAAUUUUUAUGUAUUUCCUUCGUUAAUAAACUUACAUUCUACUCUA